GCCUGCAGAAGGGAGGAGACGUGUCCCACUCUCAGAUUAGCGUGAGCGGACAGAUGGAGGCAGACAGCACCGGUGGCAACGUGGGAGAAAAAGCAGACGUGGAAAUGGCAGAAAACCCAUUUGAACCUUACAUUGAAUUUCUGCGUCAGCAGCUGGAAGACCAAGACCCUGUUUUUCUGAUCGGAGUUAUCGUGGCUUUGGCGGUCGUUGUCAUCACCUGUGUGUUUCUGAAGUACUUUCUCUCCAGUAAAACCGUCAGAAGUGCUGUGCUGCUGGUCGGACUGUGUGACUCUGGGAAAACCCUUCUUUUCAGCCGGCUGUUGUCAGGAAAGUUCAAGCGGACACAGACCUCCAUCACUGACAACAGUGCUCCAUACAAAGCCAAAAACGACAGGGGCAGCACCUGGACUCUGAUAGACCUUCCAGGACAUGACAGUCUUCGCCCUCAGUACCUGGAGAAGUUCAAAUCUGCAGCCAGAGCGAUUGUGUUUGUAGUGGACGGCGCUAUCUUCCAGAAGGAAGUGAGAGACGUGGCGGAGUUCUUGUACAACUUGUUGACGGACACUGUGAUCUCCAGGAAUGCUCCAGCUCUCCUGGUGGCAUGCAACAAACAAGAUAUCACCAUGGCAAAAUCAGCUAAACUGAUUCAGCAGCAGCUGGAAAAGGAAUUGAACACCUUGCGAGUGACGCGCUCUGCAGCCCUGAGCUCUCAGGACGGCUCUGUGGGCGGAAGUGUGUAUCUGGGGAAAAAAGGCAAGGACUUUGAGUUCAGCCAGCUGCCCAUGAAGGUGGAGUUCCUGGAGUGCAGCGCCCGCGGGAGCAAGGGGGAAGAGGGGGAUGCAGACAUCGAGAGCUUGGAGAAGAGCCUGGCUAAACUGUAAAAUCAGCAACUCAACAUCCUCAGUGCAGAAUUAGCCUCAAAGACACAGACCUCGGAUCAACGUCCGCUAUCACCUCAGUAUUCAAAGGAGGGAUGACAAUUGCGUCUCAGUGGAGGAUUUAUUUGACAGGAGUAACCAGUCAAACAUGGUCCUAUCUGUGCUGUCAAUGUAAAACUUAAAAUGACAUUAAAGGUGGAAAUACUUUUGAGACACAUUCAAUCAAAAAAAAAAAAAAAAACUGAAAGUUAUGUAACGGAAACUGAUGUAGCAGGUUGUCAGGUCGCGCUGCAAUGCUGAGAAAUGAUCAUGUGUUUAUUCAGUGUAAAUCUUACUGUGAACGUCCACCCUAAAGCAUUUUAUUUGGCUUGUUUAGGUAAUAUAUAGUUUAAAGAAUUUUGGUAAAUUACAACAUUUGCUGUUUAUAAUUUCAAUUCAAUCAAAAGUUAUUAUAAGCCGUCACACUUUUUCUUUUUUUAAACUUGUCUCAGCUAGUCUAAUUUAUAAGACACCUUGUGAAGACAGACAGGUGUAGAUUGCAUUUAUUCAUUAACUUGGACAGUCAGCCAUGUGCCUUUUUUCCCGGUAUUCUUAUAGAAAAGUGUUUUGCUUGUUUGCAAAAGAAUGACAUUUGCAAUGAAUGUAUUGAGAUUUUGUUUGCUUGAUGGUGAUGCAAAUCAAGUCCACAGAUUAAUAGGAACAGCACAGUUUCUUAGAUUUUAGCAUUAGAUACAGUCUGUCUGGUGUUGAACAGUUUGUAACAGAUUCAGCCUGUAAUGAUUAAUAAGCGGCAAACAUGAUUUAAUCAUUUACAUGUACAGAUAAAUAUUGUCAUUGUACAUCAUA